CCCUUGCACCUCUCCACCUUGUCUUGCCUUGGCUGGUUCCGUUGUUCGUCUCUCCAGUCCACCCACGCGUAGGUGAUUGUCUAAGGGAGAUUCCUGUAAUUUUAGGCUUGAACGAGAAAGGCAGGCAUAAUGGAUCUUCCGUUGAAUGGGGAGCAUAAUAAUAAUAGUAUAGUAAACUCGAAAAGUACACAUUGGCCUGAUUCUCCACGAAAAGAAUUUGUUAUUAGCUUUUGUCCAUCCAUAAGCGCAGUUCGACCCAAGUUCCCUCCGACGCCAAGAAUAUUAGAAUUCCCCGAAUUGCAGCCUCGCAAUAGUAUUUGUUUCUUACUUUCUCUGCAUAGUUCGUGAGCGAAUAAUUUCAGAGAUGUGGAGGCGCACGACUUGGUUACCACCUCUAUUUUCUUCCUCCAAACGCUCACUCGUCAGCCAGAUACAGGGAGCUUACGGACUAAGGAUUUGGAGAACGAUGAGUUCUGAGAUUCAGAAACCGGAAGAAGAUGGAACCUUCCCAAGAGGAAUAACCCCGUUUAUAACUUUUGUCUUGGGAGGCCCAGGUAGUGGAAAAGGAACUCAAUGUGCAAGAAUUGUUGAAAACUUUGGGUUCACCCACCUGAGUGCAGGAGAUCUGUUGAGGCAAGAAAUUUCUUCUAAUAGUGAAAAUGGUGCUAUGAUUUUGAACACCAUCAAGGAUGGAAAGAUUGUUCCUUCUGAAGUAACUGUCAAGCUAAUACAAAAGGCAAUUGAAUCAAGUGAGAGUCAUAAAUUUCUCAUUGAUGGUUUCCCACGAACUGAAGAGAACCGUUUGACAUACGAAAGAAUUAUUGGUGCCGAACCCAAUAUUGUGCUUUUCUUUGAUUGCCCCCCAGAAGAGAUGGUUAAACGAGUGCUGAACCGUAGGCAGGGGCGAGUCGAUGAUAAUGCAAACACGGUCAAGGAACGGUUAAAGAUUUUUAGAGCUUUAAGUCUUCCAGUGGUCAACUAUUAUGCCAAGAAAGGAAAACUUUACAAGAUUGAUGGUACUGGAACAGAAGAUGAGAUAUUUGAACGAGUCCGCCCAAUUUUUGCUGCCUAACGGUCAUUACGGUAAUAAACCUUUUCUGACGAAACACCAGAGGAACAAAAGUCGAUCGAGCUGGACAGAUUAGCCUGGCAGGAAGAUAUCACUCAGUUGAUACUUACUACUCUGUUAAGGGGCCUGCAGACUGGUAAAAAAUUGUUUUCCCCAAGCUGGGAAUCCGGAUAAGAUACUUACUGACCUCCUAAUGCCAGUUAAAAAGAAAAUUCCUUAUUAUUCUUUUGCCCAUCUUCGAUCUCGCUUGAUCACGAGGCGUCCCAGUGAAUGUAGAGAGAGAGAGAGAUACUGUAACGCUAUGUCAGAUCAAUCACCUUCUCUGAAGACUGUAUCUGAGUGCUGGGAUUUCGGUUGUGCUAUGCAAAAUCUGGCAGAUUGUCUCAAGGGUAGUAUAUUGUAGUUUUCUGAAGGAGGAUGCCUUUUGAUUGGUGAAUAUCUUCAUGAAUAAAUGGUCAAAAAGAUUAUUAAAUUA